GAAGGAAGCAUUAUCAAAAUACCUUUUGCUGAGUUUGGAAGGAAAGGAGGAAAGAGACUUACUGGUGUCAUCUUUACAGUCAAAAAGUGGGAGCUGCUGCCAAGUUUGUUCUGUGAUCACCUCCUGCUGAGCACCAGAAAUAUGGAUAGACUUCUGCGACUGGGAGGAGGUAUGCCUGGGCUGGGACAGGGGCCACCAACAGAUGCUCCUGCAGUCGAUACAGCAGAACAGGUUUAUAUCUCUUCCCUUGCGCUGCUGAAAAUGUUGAAGCAUGGUCGUGCUGGUGUCCCUAUGGAAGUUAUGGGUUUGAUGCUUGGGGAAUUUGUUGAUGAUUAUACUGUGAGAGUGAUCGAUGUUUUUGCAAUGCCACAGUCAGGAACGGGUGUCAGUGUGGAGGCAGUUGACCCUGUAUUUCAAGCAAAAAUGUUGGAUAUGCUGAAACAGACGGGCAGACCUGAGAUGGUAGUUGGUUGGUAUCAUAGUCAUCCUGGCUUUGGCUGUUGGUUAUCUGGUGUAGAUAUCAAUACUCAGCAGAGCUUUGAAGCCUUAUCAGAAAGAGCUGUUGCUGUGGUGGUGGAUCCCAUUCAGAGUGUAAAAGGAAAGGUUGUUAUUGAUGCCUUCAGAUUGAUCAAUGCUAAUAUGAUGGUCUUAGGACAUGAACCAAGACAAACAACUUCAAAUCUGGGUCACUUAAACAAACCAUCUAUCCAGGCACUAAUUCACGGACUAAACAGACAUUACUAUUCCAUCACCAUCAACUACAGGAAGAAUGAACUAGAACAGAAGAUGUUGCUAAAUUUGCAUAAGAAGAGUUGGAUGGAAGGUUUGACACUUCAGGACUACAGUGAACAUUGCAAACUCAAUGAAACAGUAGUGAAGGAGAUGUUAGAAUUAGCUAAGAAUUAUAACAAGGCUGUUGAAGAAGAAGAUAAGAUGACACCUGAACAGCUGGCAAUAAAAAAUGUUGGCAAGCAGGACCCCAAACGUCACUUAGAAGAGCACGUGGAUGUGCUGAUGACCUCAAACAUUGUCCAGUGUUUAGCUGCUAUGUUGGAUACAGUUGUAUUUAAAUAACCAAUUUACGGUUUGUGAUGCUUUCUGUGUAUAUUUGUUUAUUGUUUCUAAUACUCACAAAACAGAGACUGUUGAGGCUAUAUUUGGUUAAACAGAGACAUCUGACUUCAUUUGCUAUGUAAGUGCAGCACUAUAACACCUUUCAGUCUCUAAUUGUGCAUUUGCUUCAGUUUCUCUAUGUCAGGGCCCUCACAGAUUCCAAAGCAUUCAAGAACACAAUGUGGGCAAAAAUGUAUUUCAUUUUCAUUUAAUAUUUGGGGAAAAAUCAGUAGUACAUAUAUAUUUUGAUUGUUGCAACAUAAUAAAAAUACAUUUACAAACCUG